AUGCACGCGGGAGGAACAAGUAGUAAUUCCAGCGGUCACGAUCCGGUUAUGGAUGAUAUCGCGGAAUUGAAAGCACUGCUGCAGAACGGUGGUUUGACAAGUGAUAUUUUGGAGGGGAAAUAUUUAAACCAGCUGCGGCGUGCAAGGCAGUUAAAUGUCCAGUUGGAGACUGAGCGGACACGCGCACGACAGCUAACGGUGCAGUUGGAAGCGCUAAGGGAAGAAAAGCGAAAGGCUGGUGAUCGAAACUCUGAACAGGCAGGAAAGGAGGGCCGUCGGCGCCGUCAAUCAUCGGAGCGGGCCACGAACAACGAAUCUGAUGAAGGACAGCAAAAUGUCACAGCUCUUCGCGAGCGCCUCGAUAGGGCUUUUGUACAGUUAAGUGAUGCCAAAGUACAGUUGGAGGAGCAGAAAAAGGAGUCACAGCGACUGCGAAAGAUCAUUCAGCAAGAGGUGGGUAACCCUCCACAGGAUAUAGAGGCACUGUUGAAAGGGUCAUCCGAUAGUUCGCGCGGAUGGCGCGGCCGCGCACAGCAGAUUGUGCUACUGAAAAGCAAGGUGAAGGAAUUAGAACGGGCUCUGGGGGCAACUGGGGGCAGCUCGCCGGCAGCGAUCGAUGGUGGUGGUACUCCGUGUGUGACAAAAACGAGCACGCUCUCACUUACGACAGACGCCGUUACAACCACCACAGCGGGGGUGCGUGAUAGGGAUGACGUUGCGCGAGAGCAUGUGGUGGAACUGCAAAGUCGGCGCCUGCUGCAGCAGCGCGAGCUACAGGAUGAACUCGCCCGUCAAAAGGCGGAGCUCGAUUCUAUGAAGUUACGGUUGACAGCCUCUCAGUCAAGGCACGCCAAUUUGGAGGCAGACAACAGGCAACUACGGGAACACCUGCAAGCUGUGCUUCAAAAAACCCAAAAUGACAACGACCUGAUUGAUGCCUACCGUGAGGAGAUGGAGGAGUUGCGGCACGUGAAAGUGGAACUGCACCAAGCUAAGGUGGAGCUGCAAAAAUGGGAAGAGUGGUGUAGCAGCGCGCAGCAGCGGAACCCACGAGAGUUGGAACGUUUGGAAGAACAAACCCCUGGCAUGUGUGACAAGUCACGGGAUGCACGGUAUCGGACGGACGGUGGUGAUGCAGGAAUUGACGUGAAUACUGCUGUGGCUCUCGCCGGUGCCGACACUGCCAUUGAGUUGAACCGUUUGAGGCUGGAGAAUUUGCAACUCAAGAGCUUGCUUACGCGUUAUGAAGAUCAUGGCGAUGGGGGUGCUUUAGGUAACGAAUCUCCAACAGGACAGAAUAAGGGGCAGCAAGAUGAUAUGGCGCUCUUAAUGCAUUGGUUGAAGAGUUUCAUCUCUCCGCGGUCGGGUGAGGCUGACACCAACAAGGGGGUGGGCUCGCAGGCGGUGGUGAGUGAUUCUGUUGUAGGGGUGGAUUGGCAGGGGAGGGUGGCGGAGGUUUUGCGACGAGCUCAUAGCGCCGUUACCUUUUUGGAGAAACAGCAACAAGAACAGGGUGAGAGGUUAAGCAAGUGCUAUGAGACAAUCCGGCAACUGCAGGCCGAACUGAAGCAACGACCCGGGAAGCGAGAGAAGAAACCGAAGGGAAACCAUGUAGGUGAUGGUGAUGCAACCGGUGGUGAGAAGGAUGAUGAUGAUGGCGAAUUGGUGAACAUUCUUUUGCAGGAGAACGUGGCUUUGAAGCAACGUGUGAAAGUUAUGCAGGACCUACUCAACAAAGAAAGGGCUGCGUACGAAUCGCUGCGUUCCUUUUCAGCCGCAUCAGGCACCAGCGAUGCGCCAACAGCAGCGGCGUACCUGAAGCUGAAGCGCGAUUAUGAGGAACUGCGUGCUGCUUUCAAUUGUGCUCAGGCGGAGCUUCUUCGAAACGAUGCGGCGUGA